AUGGAUUUCCAAGAAUACAAUGAAGAAAUCACGAAAAGAUCUUCAAACUGCAAUGUGCGAAACACCGAUAAGGCACGAAGAUUAAAUGCCAACAUGAUCGAGCGAAGGAGAAUGCAAAACAUAAAUUUGGGGUUUACCAGUUUGAAGAGACUGCUUCCACCGACAGAGAAAAAGCAAACAAAGGCAGCUAUCUUGCAACAGGCUGUACAGCACAUCCUAAGACUUCAGCGAACGGUGGUUCAAGUCAGAGAGAAUAACAACAUCCUGCGAGAAAACCUGGCGGAUGAAAGGAAGCAAAGUCAGUGCUGUAGAAGCCAGUUAAGAAUGUUAAUGAACGAGAACUACACCAGGAAAAAUACUGGAGAGAUUGACCCACUCCUCUCUCUUACGGUGCAAGUUAAAGGACAAGAGCUUACUUCUUCACGUGAAGACCCAGGCGACAGUGCGCUCAACCGCUGGUCUUGUUCGCCGCACAGUAACGCAGGGACUACUUACAAAGGCUAUUCGGCGGUGGACCUUCCAAGCUGCCAUAAUCCAAGAAAAAAGGACCUUGAUUCUGUAGUGGGAAAGAGAUGUGAUUCAGACGAGAAAAAAGACCAUGGAGGACGUUUGAACCAGUUUGUACGGAAUUCAAGACACGAUGCACGUGGAGAUGAACCCGCGCCUUCGAAUCCAGAGGUCAGCGUCGGGAGCUUCCCUUCGACACGUGAUACUUCAGAUGCAGGAACAUCCGGUCACAGGCUUCGGGGGAACAAUUUGCAUUGCAUUCUGGAUGCGAUAAAUCUCAUCGAAAAAAAAUAA